UUUAUUUUUAUAAAUCAUAGUGACACAGUGCGAAGCAUGUGUGUUUGAAAAUGGCGGCUAACCCACAACACCGAGGUAAAGUCCAGGUCAUUAGAUCAUCAUUGCCUUACCAGAUUCUUCUCUACUGCAAUGCCUGGUACUUUGGUUUCUUCUGGAUUGCAGAGAUCCUGAUAUAUAUAUUUAAAGGUGAAACUUUACCAUAUCCAAAUGGCGUACUUGCUGCAGAAGUGGUGCUAUUAUUUUUCCUUGGAGGAUUAGAGUCAUUAAGGAUAUUUUUUGGUCAAAAAGGAAAUUUGACUGAGCGUAUGCUCACAGUGGUGCUAUGUAUAGUUUUGAGCCUCCCUACUUUGGCUGGUAUUCUAUAUAUAUUGUUAUGGCAGACAUAUGUGUUACGAGUUGAGGUGAUUCUGUCAGCCAUAGAGUUAGUAUUUAUAGCACUGGAACUGCUGUUUGGCAUUAUCUCUGUGGUAACAUUUGCCAGAGCUACUCCAUAUUGAACUAAGGAGAGGUAGAAGAGCCAUUGCAGGCCAAUCAAAGGCUUUGUAUCAGUAUUGAUCCCGUGUGAGUGGCUUAAGGCACCUGUUGGAAAACACUAGACAAAAAAUUGACAUACUCUUAUCUUCCAAAAUAGUCACAGGAUUCUUGUUAAGUGUACACCAGCUGUGAAUUUGCUGCGUGUGUCUGUCUGACUUCUUGGAAAGCAAGAUUUACAACAGUUCAAAGAAUAUGUGACUUUGCAAGUGUUACUCGACUAGAAUAUACUUCAGUCAUCAAUGUGGAGGGAUAAACCCUUGUAAAAAUUCCAUUUUUAUGUAAGGGACAUAUAAUAUAGCAAUCUUAUAGGUUACUAAAAGGAAGAAAAAAUAAUUUAUUUCUAAGUUACGGAAGCAUGGAAACCCAUUCAUCUUAUUUUCUUUCAUGCCUGUGAGUUAGUGGAGCUUAUAUUACUAAGAAAAAAGCUUGUGCUUGCAUUUAUUAUAUAA